CGGAUGGCCGAAUGCCGGGGAUAAUCGCUGAUGGCUGAUACCUAUGGACCAAUGCCAAUGCAUUUGUCAAUUAAGUAGGUGAGGUAGGGGGUGGGUAGCAAACCGAUCCAUGCAGCACCCUUUGUCCCUCGCGGGCUAUAAAGCCUAGCGUUCAUCAUGGCGACAGUUGCAGCAAACAGACAAGCCGCUACCAAUUUUACCAAGACCAUACACCAUGACACGUAUGAGUACAUAUCCUCAAAGAGGUUGGACCUUUCUGGAAAAUCCGUCUUCGUCACUGGCGCAUCUAAAGGUAUCGGGAAGGAGACGGUUCUUAGCUUCGCCGCGGCGGGUUGCUCUAAGAUAGGCAUUGGGGCUCGAUCCGACCUGUCGCACCUGAUACCCGAGAUUAAAGAAGCAGCCAAAAAGGCAGGUCGCAAGGAAGAGCCCAAGGUUGUCAGCGUAAAACUGGAUGUUACCUCGGAUGAUAGUGUCAAGGCCGCCGCCGAAACCAUCUCCAAGGAGUUUGGAGGCAAGUUGGAUAUAUUAAUCAACAACGCUGGAUACCUGGCGGAAUGGCUACCGAUUGGUAGCGCGAAGCCCGACGACUGGUGGAUGACGUAUGAAGUGAACGUCAAGGGUCCUUUCUUAUGUAGCAGAUAUUUUAUCCCACUGCUUCUUGAAACCGACACCAAGACAAUUAUCAUAACGACAAGCGGUGGUGCUAUCGCAGUUAUACCCGGCGCAUCGGCCUACCAAUCCACCAAAUUCGUAGGAUGCAGACUCGCGGAAUUCCUAGCAACCGAAUAUCAAGACCAAGGCCUCGUAUCUAUCGCUUUACAUCCUGGCGGCGUUAAGACGGAGCUAGCGGCGCAGAUGCCUCCCUGGAUGCAUGCAAUCCUGGUUGAUGAACCACAGCUUCCCGGGGAUAGUGCGGCAUGGUUAGCAUCCCAAAACAGGUCAUGGUUAAGCGGAAGAUAUGUUAGCGCUCAGUGGGAUAUGGAAGAGCUUGACGCCAAGAAAGAUGAAAUCGUGGAAAAAGACUUAUUGAAGUUUAGGUUGACGACAGAUUUUACGGCCUCAUUAUAAGGGAUGAACGCUUGCUGAAUUUUGAACAGCAGUGUUUUUUUGUUCAUCUCUUCUUCAUGUUAUAUGUAUAGCCUUAUGAAGUUAUUUCUUGUAGAUUGAUGAGAAAGGAAACUCUCCUGAUUUUUGGUUUGAAUGUGUAAAUCAUAGCCAAAUAAACUUCAAUUAGAAUUGGAA